AAUUGUUGCAAAAUGGUUUUACUCGCACCAUCAAUAUCGAACUAUGACCGAGAGGAAGAGCUGAAAAUUCAGCUGCGCAGCGUCAUCAUCACCCGCUCGAAGGAGGGUGCAACGAUCGACGAAAUAAUAGACGAUUAUCGGGAGCUGACGGGGACAGACUUGUUGUCAUUUUUCUACAACCGCAUCGUACUGGCCCGCUAUCUGUCCAUGCUUGACAACGUUUGGUGCUCGACGGACGGUUCCGGUGGGUUCCUGUUGUGGUUCUGCAGCACACCCAGGACAAAGCACAUGGUCCACAUGAUACAGCAGCAACGAUCACCACGUGCUGGCCGUAGCAGUUACAAGCGUUACAUGCCACGUGUAUCGGUUGCCGCGUCGGAUCAUCAGAGUAGCAGAUUGACGGGUGGCGUGGAAACGGGUUCCAAAAUGGCCACACAGACAGCGUAUAAUGAGACGGCACAGAUGCAGGAACCGGCAAGAUCCGGUCAAUCCAGCCGUUUCCAAAGGCGCACAUCACGCGUGGAACGGUACGUUCCGUACUCGCGCAGGACCGCUGGUCGUACGGGCGGUACAGGCUGGAGGCAAUCCCGUUCGGAUGAGCUUGAUUAUUCGAUGUACGGACCAUCGUACCAUCGUCAUCAGCUAGUGGGAGACGACUUUUUCCUAGCCAUAGCUAAAUGGGAACUUGGAUUUGCAUUUGACCAAGGCCAUUCGAUCGAUAUGAGCGGACUAUGCAUCUCAGGACUAACGCUCUCGGAGGCGGCCAAACGUGUCGAGAUAGCACCGUACAUCGCCGACCACGUGAUUGUGAACGUUGGUACGGUCGACUUGCUGCACGGACGCGAAAUGAUUGAUCUGAUACACGAUUUCGACCAGCUAGUGGCCCGGUUCCGGGAGCGUAGCGUCGAACCAAUCAUGACGACGUUGGCACCAAUCGCAAACAGUGGCGGCCGGACACCGAUGGCGGACCGAUUGCUCAAGAUGAACGAGUACAUCUGUCGCAACUGUCCGCGCACGAUCGAUCUGUGGAAGCACUUUGUGCACGCGAACGGUACGACACGGUUCGAGUGUUAUCAGCCCGGACCACGGAAGGUAUCGGGCAGCAUAAUGCCACACGUACUAUGGAACAAGCUCGGCCGGCAGAUGAUGUUGGGCGUGCUCGGCAAUGAAAUAGCCGCACAGCUUACGACCGACGAACAUUGGAGAUACUACUAGGUA